AUGGCGUGCGACCUGCAAAUUCCCAAAAAGUUUCACAGUGACCUCAUUGGUCAUGGCGGCUCCGUCAUCCGGCGCUUGGAGAGCAGCUUCAGCGUCAACGUGACAAUUCCCAAUCGCGACGUGAGUAGCUGCAACGAGCGUGAUCCUACCCACCAACCCCAGGAGCAACUGCCCGUGCUCAUUCGUGCCGCUGGCCUGCCAAGCUUUCAGCGCUUCCUGACGUAUCUGGAUUCAGCCGAGCAUACCGCUGAGAUCUGUGUCUUCACGAUCUCAGACGAUCGCAUCUACGAAACCAUCAUGCGUCUUCAUGCCCACGGCGUCAAGGUGCGCGUCAUUACUGACGACGAAUGCAUGACAAACCAGGGCAGCGAUAUCCUCAAAUUGCGAAACGCUGGUAUUCCAGUUCGCACGGAUCACAGCGAGUAUCAUAUGCAUCAUAAGUUUGCCGUUCUGGAUAGCAAGGUCAUUCUUACAGGCAGCUUCAACUGGACUUAUGGUGCCGCAACCCAUAAUCAAGAGAACAUUUGCAUUUCCAACGAGCCUCAACUGGUUGUGGUAUUUGUGAGCAAUUUUUGUGGUGAUUUGGUCUUGGUCUGUGUCUUGACCACCUCGCAAGCCUGCAUCAAGGUGGGCGCUGCCCUUCGCCGAGCCGAAAAGGAGAAGCGCGACUACUACACCGGUUUCAACCAUGGAAAAACUCUGAUCGUCCCUGCGGCGAUGACGAGAACCGGUGGGUUCGCCUCCUCCUUUGUGGAUCUGCUUGGUCAGCUCGCCCGCUGCGCCGAGGCCCGUGGUGUGUACCAGCCGGGGCUGGACGAGGCCUUUGUUCCUCGGUGGAAGGGUCGCUUCGCGGCGCUGGUCCAUCAGAUGAACGCUGGUCCAUCAGAUGAACGCUGA